AUGGCUUUCGUUAAGAACCAAGUGUUGCAAAGUUGUGAACGAUCAAAAAGAAAGUGUUCUUUCGAUGAUGAGGAACCUUCCUCGAAACAGAGACGCCUUGAAGUCCGGCCAGAAGAAGAAGAAGAGUGUGCGACCGGCACCGUUUGCGUUGAGCCUAGGUUGCAACGUAGCGAGCAGCCUUCUAUGGAUGAUGAAGAUCCUUCUCCCGUUUCUAGGACGGUGACACACAGAACCCUAGAGUUACGGCGAGAAGAAGAGUGUGCGAACGACGCCGUUUUGGUUGAACGUAGGUUUGAAAGUAGUGAAGAUUCGUCAAUUCGAGAGAGAUUUGAUUAUGAUGAAACAACUCCUUCUCUUUCUUCUUCUGAUGAGACGGUGGAAGAUGAAGAAGAAGAAGAAGAAGAGUGUGCAGACGACGCCGUUUCGACUGAGUCUAGGUCGAGAAGCAGUGAACAGUCAAUACGGCGGCGUUUUAAUGAAGUUGAAAACUCGUCUUCCUCUUCUUAUGAGACGGUGGAAGACAGAAUUUCAAAAUUCCGGCGAGAAGAAGAAGAGUGUUCCGACGACGCCGUUUCAAUUGAGCUUAGGUUGGGAAGUAGCGAACAUUCAGGCCGACGGCGUUAUGAAGGUCCUUCUCCCUCCUCUUCCGGGACUGUGGAACACAGAAUCUCAGAAUUGCGGCGGAAUAAGGAAGACGAAAACAAAGACGGCGAGUGUGCAAACGACGCCGUCUCAUAUAAGCCUUGGCUAGUUAGUCUUGGUCGGGAUGAAGAUCCUUCGUCUUCUUCUCCGUCUCAAGACGAAAUAGCUGCUCUCACUCUCCUCCGGCUUUUCCGACCGCAAACGCAUCCUCAAACGCAUAUACAGCAUCAAGCGAAACCUCGUACUGAACUGCCGACGCAAACGCAACCGCAGAAGAUUGGUUCGCACAAGUGUAGUGUCUGCGAAAAAGAGUUUGCUUCGUACCAAGCUCUAGGAGGUCACAAGGCUAGCCACCGCGUUAAGCCGCAACAGCCGCUUCUAGAAAACGCAACCGCAGACGGUGGAGGAAAAACGCGGCAAAAGAUGCUGGAACCCUCUGGGAAAAUCCACAAGUGUUCUAUAUGUCAUAUCGUGUUUCCGACAGGACAAGCCCUCGGUGGACACAAACGCCGUCACUACGAAGGCGUUCUAGGCGGUAGCAGACGCAGAGACGACGAGGUCAUUGUCCAAAAUGACAGAGACAAGGAGUCGAGUCCCAGCAAUGGGAGUGUUGUAAAAAACGUGUCGGAACGAAAACAGAGUUUUGUGGAAUGGAUAGAUCUUAAUAAACAUCCGUCGCCGGAGUUUGAUAGUAACGCCGAUGAGGCUGAAAGUGCAAUAGUAGCGAAGAAGCCUUGUCAAGAAAGGGUGUUUUUCACUUACUAA